AUGUACAGGUUCUUCCGGCCGGAGCGGCCGGAGCGGAAGACGAUCCACUUGCCGUCCGGCGAACAGGAGGGGAAUGCGUUGUUUCCGGCGUCCGUCCUGGUGAGGAUCUUCAGCUCCGAGGGGACCAGGUCGCCGUCGGCGACCUGA